AUGAGUCUCGUCACCUCCAGCAGCCCAGAUCACAGAUUCCAUACAGGAGUCUCGUCACCUCCGGAAGCCCAGACCACAGAUUCCAAACAGGAGUCUCGUCACCUCCAGCAGCCCAGACCACAGAUUCCACACAGGAGCGUCGUCCCCUCCAGCAGCCCAGAUCACAGAUUCCACACAGGAGUGUCGUCCCCUCCAGCAGCCCAGAUCACAGAUUCCACACAGGAGUGUCGUCCCCUCCAGCAGCCCAGAUCACAGAUUCCAUACAGGAGUCUCGUCACCUCCAGCAGCCCAGAUCACAGAUUCCAUACAGGAGUCUCGUCACCUCCAGCAGCCCAGACCACAGAUUCCAUACAGGAGUCUCGUCACCUCCAGCAGCCCAGAUCACAGAUUCCAUACAGGAGUCUCGUCACCUCCAGCAGCCCAGAUCACAGAUUCCAUACAGGAGUCUCGUCACCUCCAGCAGCCCAGACCACAGAUUCCAUACAGGAGUCUUGUCACCUCCAGCAGCCCAGAUCACAGAUUCCACACAGGAGUCUCGUCACCUCCAGGAGCCCAGACCACAGUUUCCAUACAGGAGUGUCGUCCCCUCCAACACAGAUCCAGGGGUCUCGUCACUACAGUCACACAGACUACAGCUUCAACACAAACAGAUCACAGCUUCUAUUUACAGGGGUCUCGUCAACACCAACCACAUUGACCACAGCUCCCACACAGGAAUCUCAUCACCUGCAGCAGCACAGACCACAGCUUCAAUGUAUUGGUUUCGUCACCUCCAACACAGAUAACAUUUCCCACACAGAAGUCUCGUCACCUUCAUCCACACAGACCACAGCUUCCAUACAAUGUCGUCACUUCCAGACACACAAAGCACAGCUUCCAUUCAUCAACAUCGCUUCUUUACGCAUCCCUCCCCUCACACCCUGCCCUCACACCCUGCCCCCACACCCUGCCCCCACACCCUGCCCUCACACACUGCCCUCACACACUGCCCCCACACCCUGCCCUCACACCCUGCCCCCACACCCUGCCCCAACACACUGCCCCAACACACUGCCCCCAUAUACCGCCCCCACACCCUGCCUCCACACCCUGCCCUCACACACUGCCCUCACACACUGCCCCCACACACUGCCCAAACACACUGCACUCACACCCUGCCCUCACACCCUGCACUCACACCCUGCCUCCACACCCUGCCCCCACACCCUGCCCCCACACCCUGCCCUCACACCCUGCCCCCACAUACUGCCCCCGCACACUGCCCCCGCACACUGCACUCCACACCCUGCCUCCACACCCUGCCCUCACACCCUGCCCUCACACCCUGCCCUCACACCCUGCCCUCACACCCUGCCCCCACACCCUGCCCCCACACCCUGCCCCCACACCCUGCCCCCACACCCUGCCCUCACACCCUUCCCUUACACACUGCCCCCACACCCUGCCUCCACACACUGCCCCCACACACUGCCCCCACACCCUGCCUCCACACCCUGCCCCGACACCCUGCCCUUAAAUCCUACCCGAGCCCUGUCCUCGCAUCCUGCUACCCCCACCCUUCCCCAACUUCCUGCCCUCUCACCUUGUCCCCACACCCUGCCCUCACACCAUUCCCCUACACCCUGGCUUCCAGCCUGUCCUUACAUCCUGCCCCUUCGCACCACAGCCCCUUCAAAACUCCAGGUGACUUGGAAUGUCAGAUAG